CCAACCAAAGACAAUUGGGUACAGUGUUGGGCAGAGUGAGCUGCCACAAAGAUCGGGCCCAUAAAGCGCCAACCAACCAUUUGCCGUGUAGGAAGAGCACGGCCGCAACGGAACCACAACUCAACAGGAGAAAAGAUUAAUGAAGUUCUUUAGCUAAUUAGUAUCCAUCAAGGCGCGUGUGUUACCCCAGUGCUAUCAUAUCCAGGGAAUUUCCCCCAGAAAAAAGCUCUAACAUCCACCGUGACCGUGAGCUAAAGUGAGUGUGUUUGCGUGUGUGUGCGUGUGGCCAACGACGAAUUCCGGUAUAUUAAGAAUUCCACCACCGCGAAUCUUCUCGUGUGAUAUUUUUCUUCCCCAUUCGCUGGUGGUAGGGCGGAAGACAACAGAAGUGUGAACCUGCCCAAGUUCUGUGUCCAUCCGAUCACCAUUUUAGUCGUGCUCAUCGUGCGAAGACGCGUAGACGUGUGUGAUAGUCGAACUAGUUGUGUGGUGCAAUUGUUGUGUAGUCGGGCACAAUGACGGUCGCAACCACAACCGAAACCGUCCCGGGGGCGGUGCUGGCAACGACGGAUGUCAACCUGAAGAACGCAUCCCAGGCCAGCGCAAACGAUCUGAACAAUAAUUUCAACGGCAUGGGUGAUAGCAAGGAGCUGACGGACAAGGAUCUGGACGACUAUCUGCAGCACUACAACAAAUGGCAACAGAGCCGCUUUGGGCGGGCCCUGCAGCAGUGGAUCGCCGAUCGGUUCGGGCUAAAGUUCGAUGCGGAGAUAAAGUGGAAGAAUGUGGCCAUGAUCGGUGGUUUGCAUCUGCUGACGGUGAUACUGUUCUUCAAAUACGUCUGGUACUCGACACUGACGACGUGGCUGUGGGGCAUUUUUGUGGGUGGCUGUGCUGGAUUCGGCGUAACCGGUGGUGCCCAUCGACUGUGGACGCAUCGAGCGUACAAGGCGAAGCUGCCGCUGCGCAUCAUCCUGAUGUGUUGCUACUGUCUGUCCGGGCAGAACAGCCUGUUCGAUUGGGUGCGCGAUCACCGUAUCCAUCACAAGUACUCGGAAACGGACGCCGAUCCGCACAAUUCGAACCGAGGCUUCUUCUACGCGCACGUCGGCUGGCUGCUGAUCCGCAAGCAUCCGGAAUGCAUCAAGAAGGGCCGGCUGAUCGACAUGUCGGACGUGCUGGCCGAUCCGGUGAUCCAGUUCCAUCAGCGGCACUUUAUGGCGUUGAAGAUCCUGUUUACGUUCAUUGUGCCGUCCUUUAUCCCGUGGCUGUUCCUGGGCGAACCGCUGUACCUGUCCUUUCUGGCAAACUGUUUGCUGCGGUAUGUGUUGACGCUCAACUUCACCUGGCUGGUUAACAGUGCGGCACACAUCUAUGGCAACAAACCCUACGAUAGUCGCAUUCGACCGGCAGAAAACAAAACCGUUUCGAUCCUGGCGAUGGGUGAAGGAUGGCACAACUAUCACCACGUGUUCCCGUGGGACUACAAGGCAGCCGAGAUGGGUGAUUAUGCGUUCAAUCUGACCACCUUCUGGCUGGACGUUUUCGCCAAGAUUGGCUGGGCGUACGAUCUCAAGGAACCGUCCAAAGAUCUCGUCCGCCGAACGCUGGAAAAAUACGGAGAUGGUACCCACAUCACGACGAAGAUCGAACAUCUGAACGAGGUUCCCGAGGAGGAAUCGACCAAGAGCAGAUAAUGGGUCGCGAGACGCACCAUCUCCGGACAUUCGAGGCAAGCUUACGAAAUUCGAUUUCACAACCGGAAGUGAAUCUGCUGGUGCUGCGCAAAAAUCUCGGACCUGUGCGGUCCGAACGCAGAACAACACCGUGCACAGCAAAUGGCCGCACCAAAUUAAUCUCGCGCGUGUUUGUGAUCGAGCGCUUUUGAGCAACUCAUCCGCGAAAUCGGUACCUGGGGAAGGAAGUGGGAUAAGAGCUACAGGGUUUAAAGCUGUUUUUUUUUGUCUUCUUGUUUUACAAUAAACGACUCAUCAUCAGACUGGUUGAAGAGAGAAAGGAGAGCGAGAAAAGCAGCAUAA